GUAAUCGCUGGAAAUUCAAAAUGGCUGCCUCUGGUGACAACGACCUGAUAGAAAGCGAUUUGCCCAAAGCUGUCCAGCUGCUGAAUACUCUCACAGAGCAGGUAGCGUCCGUGACUGGUCAUGUUCAAGAAUUACUGACAAAUGUGAGAAAUGGAGGAUUUGACACGACAAAGGGCUUGUCCUUUCUGGAUCUUCGUUAUCACCUGCUGCUGUUUUACCUCCAAGAUCUCACCCAUCUCAUCAGCAUCAAGACAGUAGGAGGGAAGAUCAGUGAGAGCGAGGCUCUCAGCAGAAUAGUGACCGUCAGAACUGUUCUGGAGAAGAUGAGACCUUUGGACCACAAACUCAAAUAUCAGAUUGAUAAGUUGGUGAGGACUGCAGUAACAGGAAGUCUUGCUGACAACGACCCACUGCAGCUUCGCCCCAACCCAGAAAAUCUCACGAGCAAACUGAGUGAAUCAGAUUCAGAGAAUGAGUCUGCAAAGAAGAGCGCUGGCAACAAAGCGGCGCACUCUAGUGGCAGGAAAUAUGUACCGCCCAAGAUCGCAGCUGUGCAUUAUGAUGGCGACAUGACGGAAACGGACAAGAAGAAAGCCCUGUUGGAGCGUCAGAAAAGAGCAGCGCUGAGAAGCUCGGUGAUCCAGGAGUUACGGCACCAAUACAGCGACGCCCCCGAGGAGAUCAGGGAGAAGAGAGACUUCCAGAGUGAGCGGGAGAGUCGCGAAGAGAUUCACAGAAAGAAUUAUGAGGAGUCCAUGAUGGUGCGUCUCAACAUGCCAAAGCGUGACAAGAACUCCAAAAAGAGGGGGAUGCUGUCUAUGUCUCAGCAGCUGAGUGGCAUCACUCACUUCAGUGACAUCACAGCCCUGACAGGUGGCGACGCUGGCCAGGACUUCGACAACCCACGUCCCAAGAAAAAGAAGAAACUCAUGAAGAAGAAAACAAAGAGAAAAGCCUUCAAGAAGCACCAUUAAACCUGAGCAACUGCAGCUGAAACCUAUCUCACUGUGGAUUAUAAUUUGUGUAAUAAAAAUUCACACUUCAUUGUUGUCUUUUAUUGACUGAGUCAUUCCAUUAUUCUUCAGUUUGAUGUUUGCUGUUAGAGUGUCCUGUGGAGAGCAGAUAC